CAGUGUAUAGUACCAUUUUCUUCUCUGGCUGAAAAAGCAUAAGACACACACUGUCAUAACAUUUCACAAAACAUGAUCCAACUACACAAUGCUAGAUUGUUAAUCACAGAGUAGCAUCAUUUUUUCACCAAAAAUUCAAGCUUUCUUUUUUUCUUUUUCUUCAAAAUUGAAGUGAAAAUGGAAACUAUCUCAGUUCCCAAAUUCAUAUUUUUCUUCAUCACAGCCAUGUUUAUGAGCUUCAAUCUGAUCCACUGCACCAUUACCUAUGACAAGAAAUCUAUUGUCAUCAAUGGACAAAGAAGAAUCCUCAUCUCUGGUUCCAUUCAUUAUCCAAGAAGCACCCCUGAUAUGUGGGAAAGUCUUAUCAAAAAGGCUAAAAAUGGUGGCUUGGAUGUUAUAGACACAUAUGUUUUUUGGAAUGGCCAUGAACCUUCACCAGGCAAUUAUAAUUUCGAGGGCAGAUAUGAUUUAGUACGGUUCAUCAAGACAGUGCAAAAAAUGGGUUUAUAUGUUCAUCUUCGAAUUGGUCCCUAUGUUUGUGCAGAGUGGAAUUUCGGAGGAUUUCCAGUUUGGUUAAAGUAUGUUCCGGGUAUUAGCUUUAGAACUGACAAUGAGCCCUUCAAGAGAGCAAUGCAAGGAUUUACAGAGAAAAUUGUCCAAAUGAUGAAGAAUGAAAAGCUUUUUGCUUCACACGGUGGCCCCAUUAUCCUUUCUCAGAUUGAGAAUGAAUAUGGUCCUGAGAGUAAGGCACUAGGAGCAGCUGGUCAUGGAUAUGUUAAUUGGGCUGCAAAAAUGGCAGUCGGAUUAGAUACCGGAGUUCCAUGGGUAAUGUGCAAGGAAGAUGAUGCACCAGACCCUGUGAUAAAUACGUGUAAUGGCUUUUACUGCGAUGCGUUCUCUCCGAACAAACCUUACAAGCCUAUGUUGUGGACCGAGGCUUGGAGCGGUUGGUUUACUGAAUUUGGCGGCCCAAUUCACCGUCGCCCAGUUCAAGACUUAGCAUUUGCAGUUGCUCGUUUCAUACAAAAGGGCGGCGCGUUUAUUAACUAUUAUAUGUACCAUGGAGGAACCAACUUUGGACGGACAGCUGGUGGACCGUUUAUUACGACCAGUUAUGACUAUGAUGCUCCGAUUGAUGAAUACGGAUUAAUCCGGCAGCCUAAAUACGGUCAUCUAAAGGAGCUUCAUAAGGCUAUUAAGCUAUGCGAACAUGCUUUAGUUUCCUCGGAUCCUACAGUUACUUCAUUGGGAACCUUUCAACAAGCUCAUGUAUUUUCUUCAAAAGGAAGUUGUGCAGCUUUUCUCUCGAAUUAUGAUAUGAAAUCCGCUGCUAGUGUGAUUUUCAAUAAUCGGCAUUACAAGUUGCCUUCUUGGUCUAUUAGUAUCCUUCCUGAUUGUAGAAACGCGGUGUUUAAUACUGCAAAAGUCAGGGUUAAAACUUCGCAUACCAAAAUGUCGCCGACAAAUUCGAAGAUGUUCUCGUGGGAGACCUACGAUGAAGACAUUUCUUCUCUAGGGGAAAGUUCAAGAAUUACGGCUCGGGGACUCUUGGAGCAGAUGAAUGUUACCAGAGAUACAAGCGACUACCUUUGGUACACCACGAGCAUUGACAUUAGUCCAUCGGAAUCGUUUCUACAAGGAGGAAAAAAGCCAACACUCAAUGUAGAUUCAGCUGGCCAUGCCCUUCAUGUCUUCAUCAACGGACAGUUCUCGGGGUCAGCAUUCGGGACUAGGAAAGACCGAGGAUUCACAUUUACGGGGCCGGUGAACCUACAUGCUGGAGCAAAUCAUAUCGCACUUGUCAGCGUAGCUGUUGGAUUACCGAAUGUUGGACUGCAUUUCGAGACAUGGAAAACGGGAAUCGUAGGUGUUUACUUGAAUGGCCUUGACAAAGGAAAGAAAGAUUUGUCGUCACAUAAAUGGUCGUACCAGGUUGGUUUAAAAGGAGAAGCAAUGCAUUUGGCCUCACCGGAAGAAGUCUCAUCCGUUGAAUGGAUCCAAGGUUCACUGGCCACUCAGAGUCGCCAGUCAAUGACCUGGUACAAGGCAUAUUUCGAUGCACCAACAGGUAACGAACCGUUGGCUUUGGAUAUGCGGAGUAUGGGAAAAGGCCAAGUAUGGAUCAACGGGCAAAGCGUAGGAAGAUAUUGGAUGGCGUAUGGGAAUGGUGAGUGCGGUAAGUGUAGUUACUCGGGGACGUACCGGCCUACAAAGUGCCAGAGUGGUUGCGGCCAUCCAACACAAAGAUGGUACCAUGUUCCGAGAUCGUGGCUAAAACCGAAACAGAAUUUGUUGGUGGUGUUUGAAGAACUCGGCGGAGAUGCAUCGAAGAUUUCGCUUGUGAGGAGAUCGGUUUUAAAUAGACACCAUCAUAAUAAGUGAUAAAAAGGUAUGAAAGUAGAAAAUGUUGCAGUUUCAUUGUCUAAAUGCGCCAUUUGUUUUUAGAAGAGAUGUUAUUAAACAAUGUUUUUAGAGUGCAUGUUUUGAAGAAAUGAAUCAUUCUUGCUUUAUCAA